CCGUGCGCCUGCGCAGUCGUGCGUGUCUGACCUUCACUGGACUGAACCAUGUUUGCCCGGAGCAGCGCGUUGGUUUUCUCUCCACAAUGUGGACAGGUCAGGAACAUGGCCACCCUGAAGGACAUCACCAUUCGAUUAAAGUCCAUCAAAAACAUCCAGAAAAUCACAAAGUCCAUGAAAAUGGUGGCCGCUGCCAAGUAUGCUCGUGCUGAGAGGCAGCUGAAGCCGGCCCGUAUCUAUGGCAACGGUGCUCUGGCUCUGUAUGAGAAGGCUGACAUCAAAGCUCCGGAGGAAAAGGCGUCCAAACAUUUGAUCGUCGGUGUGACCUCUGAUCGUGGACUCUGCGGCGCCAUCCACUCCGGUGUGGCCAAGACCAUCAAGAACGAGAUCGCCAACCUGACUGGUGCCGGCAAGGAGGUGAUGGUGGUGAAUGUGGGCGAUAAGCUGAGAGGCCUGCUGUACAGAACUCACGGGAAACACAUCAUUUUAAACUGUAAGGAAGUCGGUCGUAAACCUCCCACCUUCACCGACGCCUCCAUCAUCGCCACCGAGCUCCUCAACUCUGGAUACGAGUUUGACCAAGGCUCCAUCGUGUUCAAUACAUUCAGGUCCGUUAUCUCGUACAAGGCGGACAGGAAGCCUGUGUUCUCCAAUGACGUUGUUGCCAACUCAGAGACCAUGGGUGUCUAUGAUGACAUUGAUGCUGACGUGCUGAAGAACUACCAGGAAUUUGCUCUCGUCAACAUUCUCUUCCUGGCUCUGAGGGAGUCGUCUGCCAGUGAGCAGAGUGCCAGGAUGACGGCCAUGGACAGCGCCAGCAAGAACGCCUCGGAGAUGAUUGACAAACUCACCCUCACCUUUAACCGUACCAGACAGGCCGUCAUCACCAAGGAGCUCAUUGAGAUCAUUUCUGGAGCUGCUGCUCUAUAAACGGGUGAAAUCUGCGUGUGAACGAGUGAAAGCUCUUCAUCGACCUUCAGACUCGUCGGUCAAGAGUUUAAUGUUUGUAAAAAUAAACCUGAUAAACAGAACCUUCAUCCUGACCUCAGUCCCUGUUUCUGUUUCUGUCAAAUAAAAGUUAACGACUGAGAAAAAUAA